ACUUUUGCAGAUCUCAGAGCCACGCCAAAACCCUACGAUUAGCUCCUCUUCCCACGCCCCACGCCAAUGCUCCAAGCCACAAAGCCUCCCGCAGAGCCCGCGGCCACCAAGCCCGAACCCCCCAAGCCCGAGCCCGUUAAGUCCGUGGCCCCUGCCGAAGCCGUGCCGCAGCCCGACUUGUCCUCCGAGCAGAUCGGCUGGAUGUUCCUCAAGAAGUACUACGGAUUCUACACCGCGGACAUACGCAAGCUCUAUGCCUUUUACGACUCUGCGGCCGCGCUUCUGCACGACGUGUUCCCUGGAAACGGGCGCAAAACCGUGCACGUGGCCCGCGGCUCCGACGCCGUGCGCUCGUUUUUCGACGGCCAGGCCGCCCAGGCCUCUGCCGCGGACAAAAACAAGAUUGUCGUGGAGAGCGCCACGUUCCAGGCCUCGGUGGCCGGCGCCAUUUUGAUUGUGGUGGCCGGCGGAUGGAAGCGCGGCGUGUCGCCCUUUUGGCCGUUCGUCCAGACGUUUGUCUUGCGCGAAAAGAGCAAGACCGUGUACGACGUUGCGAACGACGUGUUGACGUUUGUGGACUUGGCGGGCGAGCCUGCCGAGGCCGCCGCGGCUGUUGCCGAGCGCGUGGCGGAGCCUUCGGCGAAACCCGUCCAGGCGUCCGAGCCUCAGACGGCCGACCAGAACGGCUCUUCCGAGCCCGCUGCCUGCACUGCGCUGCUGCAGAAGGAGGCCGUCUUGGAGACCCGGAGCGAGGAGCCUGUGCCCGAAACGACCGAGGAGUCUUCACCAGAGACAAGCAAGGAGCCUGCUCCAGAGGCAAAGGAGAAGGCUGCUCCAGAGACAAAGGAGAAGUCGGCUCCAGAGACAAAAGAGCAGCCGGCUUCUCCCGAGGAUGCGUCCUCCAGUGCAGCCGAAACUGCCGCGUCCGCAGAGACCGUGAAGCCUGCGGACCAGGAAAAGCCAGACCAGAAACAGACGGACCAGGAAAAGCCAGGCCAGGAAAAGACGGACCUGGAAAAGCCAGGCCAGGAAAAGACGGACCAGGAAAAGCCAGACCAGGAACAAUCCGCGGAGCCCGAAAAGCCCUCGGUCCCACCACAGAAGCCCACGUGGGCGAACUUGGCGGCCAUCGGCCCCAAGACCAACGCCAAAACCGCAGCCGUCGCAUCGCCCGCCGCCAUCAAGAUCCCUCCCCCACCGGUCCCCGCGUUUGCUGCCAAAAAGGCUGCCUCGCCAAGCCAGGCGCAAGGCCCGUCGCCGGUGAACGGCAAGUACAAGAAGGAGGAGUGGUACCCCAUUUUCAUCCGCAACGUCGACGUGGACGAGGACGAGUUGAAGGCCGCGUUGGUGGAGAACUUUGGCGAAAUGAAGUACUUCAAGAAGACACAAAAAACCGCGUUGUGCGACUUCAGGCGCAAGGAGGACCAGCAGAAGGCGUUGGAGCAGAAGGAGAUGGUGAUCAAGUCCAACGUCAUCUCGUUGGAGGUCAGGGUGCACAAGGCUUACAACGGCAAACCCGACCCGAAGAAGGACAAAAAACACUUGAAGAAGAUCCCGUUCAAAAAGAACUAAGCAGACCCUCAUUUCAGCAUACGUAUUCGGCCGGUGCGUGGGCGUCUGGACGACUGGCCGAGCAGUCCAUGACGGGCCUUGUAGCGGUACUCACCACGGCAGAGUCGACAAAAGAGGAGCCAAGCAUAUCUCAUACAAGUCCCUGGAGGAGGGAUCCACACACACAACACUCUUUUGCCGCCGCUUCCAGUGCAUGCAGCAUGAAUACACUA